AUGGAGAUGAGCAACAAAAUGCGAUUUUAUGGUGAAAAAAUGACCGAUGUAACAAUCGUGGAAAAGAUAUUGGGCUCCAUGACACCGAAGUAUGACUAUGUCGUUUGCUCCAUUGAGGAGUCAAAAGAUAUAGAUGAGUUAUCGCUUGACGAAUUGCAAAGUUCCUUGUUGGUACAUGAGCAGAAGAUGAACCGCAAGGAAGGGGUAGAGGUAGAGGAAGAUGAAAAGGAGAUCGAGGAUAUAGAGAUGAAGGCAACAAAUAUGGCAAUCAAAAUUUCAGAGCCAAUAAUGACUACGACAAAGGCAGAGGGAGAGAUUUUGACAAAUCCAAGGCUGCCUAAUGAGAAAGAAGAAAAGUCAAAUUUUGCUGAGAAUAAGGAAGGAGAAACCUUGUUGAUGGCGGUUCAUGCUGGAAACGAGCUCGAGAAACAACUUAUUUGGUAUGUAGAUACUGGCUGCAGUAACCACAUGACUGGAAGUAAGUCUUCUUUUACUGUUUUAAAUGAAAAUUUCCGGUCAACAGUUAGUUUUGGUGAUCUUUCAACUGUGAAUGUGAUGGGAAAAGAAAAAGGGUAUGUAAUCACCUUAAGAAAUGAUGCAUGUGAAAUUUCUGAUCCCUCCAAAGGAGUUAUUGCUUUUGUGAAAAUGAGUCAAAACAGGUUGUUUCCUUUGAAGAUUGAAAAUGAUCAAUCUUGCUAUAUGGCAGAAGUAAGAAAUCCUUCAUGGUUGUGGCAUUUUAGAUAUGGUCACUUGGGUUUUGGUGGAUUAAGAACUCUCCAACAGAAAAAGAUGGUGAUAGGUAUUCCAGAAAUCAUCACUCAUUCUCAAGUUUGUGAAGAAUGUGUUGUUGGUAAACAACAUCGUUCUCAAUUUCCAAAAGGGAAGUCCUGGAGAGCGAAUAGUGUUUUGGAGCUGGUGCAUUCAGAUAUUUGUGGCCCAAUCAACCCCAUUUCGAAUGGUGGUAAAAAGUAUUUUAUUACCUUUAUUGAUGAUUAUUCUAGGAAGACUUGGGUGUAUAUUCUGCAAGAAAAGUCGGAGGCUUUUAAUGUAUUUAAAAGCUUCAAAGCUCAUGUGGAGAAUGAGACUAGAAAGAUCAUUAAGAACCUUCAGACAGAUAGCUGA